AUGUCCUGCUACGACAUGUGCACCCCCAAAACCAGCGUGGCUGUGCCCCAGCCCAUCGCUGAGAGCUGCAACGAGCUGUGUGCCCGCCAGUGCCCCGACUCCUCGGCCUUGAUCCAGCCGCCCCCCGUGGUGGUCACCUUCCCCGGCCCCAUCCUCACCUCCUUCCCCCAGCAAGCCGUGGUGGGCUCCUCCGGAGCACCGGCCUUUGGCGGCUCCCUGGGGCUGGGCGGCCUCUACGGCGCCGGCGCCACCCAGACCUCGGCUGGCCUCUGCACCUUUGGCAGAGCCUGCGCUGCUCCCGCCUACAGCCCUUGCGCCCUGCCCCGCUACAGCAAGAAGCUCUGGGACACCUGCGGGCCCUGCUAGAGCCACCACAGCCCAGCCCAAACGCGUGCGGCCGCCUCAGCCCAGCAUGGAGAAGUUGAGCUCUGCACAAGCUGCCCUGGCC